UGUGUGUGUGUGUGUGUGUCAUCACAACACGAGGUUCAGACUCUGAGAUCAGUCAGAGUCUGAAAUUACACACGGACAGUCGGCCAUUUUCAAAUCUUGCUGAGGGCGCAACCAGCUUAAAAUAAGUGUGUGUGUGUGUGUGUGUGUGUGUGUGUGUGUCAGGUUGAAGUGUUUUUUCAGUCUACAGGUGUUGACUGAUGAUAUGACUGAAACAGAACAUGUGAGCUUUUCCUUCUGAAGACACAGUGACACAUCAGGGCGGAGCUUCAGCAAGUAAAAGCAGGUAAAGCUUCAGCGUUUCAUCUGGCAACUUCAGUCAGGAGAGGAAGCAGCAGCAGCAUCAGAAGGUGUUCCUCGUCAGCAGGUGUCGGUCAGGUUCAGGUCACAUGAUGAGCUUCUCUCCAUCGUCUUACCUGAGCUUCAGUCUGUCUCCCCCUGCUGCUCACCGUGAGGACCGUGCCGUCUCUCAGCACUCCCUGUCGGGCUCCGUCCCCUUUCUCCUCUACCCCUCUGGCAUGGACCCCUACAAGGCCCCUCUGAGGGGCCCUGGACCUGGCCUCCUGCCCUACCUGAACCCCUUCCACCACCACGGACACUUUAGCGUGUACGAGUGUCCCUACGAGCCGGCGUUCAUCCAGAAACGUAACGAGCGGGAGCGUCAGCGGGUGAGGUGCGUCAACCAGGGCUACGCCAAACUGAGGGACCACCUACCGGGUCAGAGCGCCGACAAGCGUCUCAGCAAGGUGGAGACGCUGAGAGCCGCCAUCAGGUACAUCAAGUACCUGCAGGGCCUGGUGGAGCUGGAGGACGGCACACUCAACACCUUGUCUCCUGGACCGGACUGUGGAGGAGUCUGAGGGAGUCGGACUCCGAGGUCUUGGUUUACCUGAGAACACCAGCUACAUCUUCCUGUUUGACUUGAACUGAGGACCAACCACCUGAACUGUUCUACAAACCCGUGGACGUGUUUUUAAGUGAAGAGUCUGAAGGCGACUGAGGAUCUGAACUGUCACGUGAAUAAUCAGAGGAAGUCUGGAGGACUGAGACCGUGCUAGGCGGUGCUAACGUACUAAAUGCUAACGCGAUCAGCUGUAAUGUUCUCAUCUUAGUUUAGCGUGUUAGCAUGCUGACAUUACUCUGUGGGUGUUUACAUGUCGACUCGAUGAUCAAUAAAGUUUUCUCAUCAACAUUCGUCAGUUUGACAGCAGCAGUGACACACGUUGACCUGCAGGUGGCAGCAGAUCCACGUCUGUUUUAAGGCCCUGGAGACACAGAUUCAAGGCCUUGAAAACAGGUUCAUGUAGAGAGAAGAAGCGGACGAC